UCCAGCGAAGGUGGUGCUGAAAGCGGCUUGUGUGCUAGAUAGAGCUGAGCCUUGCGGAGGGGGUUCAAGUUAGGUAAUGCACCAAGACUACUGAGGUCGAAUUCGGAACGAAAACACUUUGCAGAGAUCCUGGUGAGCUUGGGCCAUAUGACUAAAUGCACUGUCCUGAACUGGAUUAAGAAAGUCAUUGGUCGAUAUAAGUCCAAAGUUACCUUCUCGAUCUCUGACCCCCAUCUGGCUGUACGAUCUCUGGUCUCAUACAUUUGAAGUGCCAAGUACAAGGACAGGAACACUUGAAAAGCCAUCAUGAAUUUCCUGCUGAAGGCAGCUAUGGGAGGAGGCCCCCCUGAUGUUGGUAAAAUGUUGGGAGGAGAUGAGGAUAAAGAUCCUGAAGCAGAAAAAGAGAAGGAAGAAGAGAGACAGGAAGCUCUGAGACAGCAAGAGGAGGAGAGGAAGGCCAAACACGCCAAGAUGGAAGCAGAGCGGGAAGCCAUAAGACAGGGCAUCAGAGACAAGUAUGGCAUUAAGAAACGCGAGGAGGCUGAAGCAGAGGCGCAGGCGGCGAUGGAGCAGGCGAGCGAAGGCAGUCUGACCCGUCCAAAGAAAGCAGUACCAUCUGGCUGUGGGGAUGACGAGGAGGAGGAAAACAUCAUGGACACGGUGAUGAAGUAUUUACCGGGCCCGCUGCAGGACAUGCUGAAGAAGUAAUUCCCUAAAUAAUCUCAAGCACACGCAGCUUUAGAUAUUAUUUAAACGUGUACUGACUUCGGUGAGAAGAGAGAACACUAGAGCAAAACACUGACUACACCAUUUACCUUUCACACAUUUCAAUUCGCGAGGAGCUUUAGAUAUUAGUGACAGAUCAAUCAAUCAAGCAAGAGGGGUUAAUUAUCAGAAUAUAAGCCAUAUUUGAUCUUUACAGGGAAACCUGAAUCAUAUCAUCUCUUCGGCAGUUAUUUCUUAUUCAAUACGUAAAAAGCAAUAUAUAUGCAUGAAUUGUUCGAGUGUCUAUUCCACUGUUUUGUAUCACCAAUCGGUAAGAUUUAGCGUUCGAUAAGAGGAAAAAAGUACUUGGUUGAAGACAUUCUGGUCUUGCAUGUGUCCAUAGUGUUUGUGUGCUCACAUCAGAUAAAGAAGGCAAUAACAUUCUCCCACGCUGUAAGCUAAAUGACAACUACUUUGUACAUUUAGUUCAUUCUGGCGAAUCUUGUCACACUUGCACUGUAGUUUCAUCAGUCUGGAACAUUUAAUGCCUCAAUUCAGUUUAACAGUGUUGUCGAGACUGCGUUCUCGCACUGUUUUUGUGCUUUAUGACAGAUUCUGAAUUUACGAAGAUUUCUGAUUUUAAGAUUGAAACUAAGUUUCACAGGGACACUCCGUGUAUUUCGAAUGGACUGUAAUUUCUCUGGUCUACAGCCUGUGAUCUACAACAUUCUCAGCAAUAAUAACGUAUUCUGUUUGCUUGGCUUGCAGUAAAACGAAAAAUAAAAUCGUAAGAGUGUA